AUGGGCUCGCAUCGUCGGCUAGUAAUACCUCAUCGAUCGUCUACUAAUUACCAUAGCUCCCAUCUGUCUGCGCGGUGCCGGAGUCCAACGCUUGCAGUCCUCUUGCUGCUCGUCGCGUCAAGCGCGUGCUUGCUAUGUCCACUCCGCUCCGCCAACGCGCAAGCUGUAGCAGACAGCCAACGACCGGCUCUGGCGGCGAUAAUGGAUGUGUGGGGCGCGGCGCUCAAUCUGAACGCCACGUGGUUCGUCACGCCGACCUGCGCGCAAUGGCAGGGGCUCGCCUGCAACGCCAUGGGCCAAGUCACCUCCUUAGAGUUUACCGGCCGCCGCCAGCUAGUCGGACAGAGCAUCCCCGCCGCCAUCACCCAACUCGGCGCGCUACAGCGAUUGACUCUGGAUCGCAAUCUCCUGGUGGGCAGUGUGCCGCCCAACAUCGGAUACCUCUCCGCCCUCACCAACCUCUCGAUGGGCGGAAACGCGUUGCAGGGCAGCAUUCCCGCGGGCAUCUCCACCCUCGUCAGCCUCCGCGUGCUCGACCUGCACGAGAACUACCUGACGGGCGCGAUUCCGGACAGCUUCGCGCCGCUCACCUCGCUCGCCACACUCGUUCUGGGCAACAACCGCCUCUCAGGCUCCCUGCCCGCCUCCCUCAUCGCGCAAUCCGCCCUCCAGAACAUACUCAUCGGAGGCAACGCCAUAGCGUCCGUGCUACCGGAGUCCAUCUCCGCCUGGAGCUCGCUCCUCGCGCUUGACAUCAGCCGCAACAAGUUCUAUGGACGCCUGCCGGCUGCUCUCGGGUCCUUCACGGCGCUCGUUCACCUGGACGCGAGCGAGAAUCAGCUCACGGGGGCGCCCGUCUCAUCCUUCGCGUCGCCAGCCAUGGCCAACACCUCCCUCGCCACGCUCGACCUCUCCGGCAACUUCCUCUCCUCCCCCGCCGCCUCCUACUCCGCCGCCUCCCUCCCCUUCUGCCCCACCGCCCUGCAAGGCGGCUACGCCGCCUCCACUCUCCUCUCUUUGGGUGCUUCUCCGUAUAGCUCCCAGAAGGGUAAUUGCUUUCUGGCGGGUAGCUGGAACACGACGGAGAGUUUUACCGAGGAUAAGAGGAGGGGAGGGUGGAAGUCGGAAGGCGGGAAAUCGCUGGACGAGCGGAAGAAGAUUAAAGACAGCUGCGGCAGCAGCGGCGGGAGUGCAAGCGCGGGGACGGGGUGUCCGGUGGGGGCGCAGCGGCGAGCCAUCGAGUGUGUGGCGUUCUGCGGCGCGGCUCUCCCCGCGGGGCCGUGCGGCGGGCUCGGCACGUGCUUCCUCUCCGGCCCCUCCAACACCCCCACCUGCGCCUGCAACGCCGGCAUGUUCAACGUGCUGCUCUCCAUUCAAGUGGGCAAAGAGAAGGUCUCCUACCCCUCCUGCUCGCCCAACCAAGGCCCUGCCCCUCCUCCUCCUCCCCCUCCUCCCGAUGCUAACACAUGGCGAAGGCGAGAGUUCCGAGGAGCAGAUCUGGACGACACGGCAGUAGCACGCGGUUCCUACUUCAACCCCUACUUCCGCUACGCCUCGCUUGGCUUCAUCGGCAACUACACCAGCCCAAAGUGGAACAUCACUCCCACAGUCGACUGGCGCACUCGUGUCCCCACUGCGCUCGCCCAGGCCAAGGACCAAGGCCUCUGCGCGGCGUGUUGGAUAUUCGCGCCGGUGGCGGCGGCAGAGGCGCUGUAUGCGAUUGUGUACGGCGCAGCGGCGCCCAGCCUGGCGGAGCAGAAGGCCAUCGACUGCCAGGGCACCUGGUCCUGCGCGGGCGGCCGCCCCGACGAUGCCUUCAACUACAUCGCUGCUUCCGGUGGCCUCCCCAACUCCUCCGCCUACCCUUUCACCGGAGUCCCCAACAACAGCACCUGCCGGGUCACUCGCAAGCGGUUGCUCUCCGUCAAUCCCACCCGCCGUCUCCUCUCGGAUCUGUUCAACUCAGGCAACACUAACACCAACGCCAACGGCAACGCCAAUCCCAACAGCGCCGUCGUCCGCAACACCUUCUCGCACACGCUCGACCGCCUUCUCCUGCCCUCCUUCUGGUCGGGUCCUGCUGCCAAGGCGCCGCCGGCCGCGUCGGUGCCAAUGCCCAACUCGGCCUACUCCGUGUCCAUGUUUGAGCGCGUGGGCAUCAGCGGGUGGCUGGGCCUGGCCAUUGCCGUGCAGCAGCAGCCCGUGGUGGUUUACAUUGAGGCGCGGGCUGAUACGUUCAUGAACUACACUGGGGGCUACGUGUACGCGGAUCCCAACUGCUAUGCGACGCGGCUGGUGGACCAUCUGGUGGUGGUGGUGGGGUUCAACCUGCUGGACGCGACGCCCCACUGGAUCAUCCGCAACUCAUGGGGCCCAUCGUGGGGCGAGAAUGGCUACAUGAAGAUCGCCAUUGCGGGCGGCCCCGGCAUCUGCGGCAUGAACACCCUGCCAGGCCUCUACCCCUCCAUUGUCUCCCCCGACCCCUGCAAGCCCAUCAACCCAUGCGGAGGGGGUGUGUGCACGCCGGUUACAGGCAACAAGAACCAGCGCAACAAAUGCACGUGCCCUGCCAACUUCAUUGCCGUUACCAAUCUUGAUCGGACACAGUCCUGUGCUCUGGCCAAGGUCUGCGCGUUCUUCGCAAUGAACCCGUGCGGCUUCGGCACGUGCAUUGACGACAACAAGGGCGGCUACUCGUGCCUCUGCUCGCCGGGCUACUCUCUCGGGCAACGCACAGACGGCUCUGCCACGUGCAUUCCAGGCGGCGCAACGGCCAACGUGACCCUGCAAGCAGCCAUGACGUGCAGUCAAAUCCGCUCCACCUACAUGCUCUCCCGGUCGACAUUCAUACAGCUCAACCCUAAGCUCAAGUGUGCGGGCACCUUCCCGCCUGGCACGGUCAUUGUCACACGCAACACCAACCAGACCAGCGCCAAUGUCACUGGCUGCAUCGUACCCUACACGGUGGCCCAGGGCGACACAUGCGCCACAAUCAUGGCAAUGUUCAACGUUACCAUGGCGCAGCUCAAUGCCACCAACCCUGAUCUGGACUGCGGAAUACUGGCAGUUGGGCAACAGAUAUGCAUCAGUUCUGGCACACCUCAGCCCCAGAGCUGCCUCAACUUCUACACGGUCAACCCGGGGGAGUCGUGCAACGAUGUGAUGAUCAACACGUAUCCGCCAAUCACACCAGCACAGCUCUACCAGUACAACCCCGGAAUCAUCUGCAGUGCUGACACGUCGCAACGGCUCGUCGGCCAAGAGGUGUGUGUGGAUGCCACGAUUGUUGGUGCCGUGAAAUGCAGCUACGGCGUCUACACUGUUGUGCGUGGCGACACGUGCGCGAGUGUAGUGUGCAAGGUGUUCAAGUGUUCCUACACCACAAUGUACGCUGUCAAUCCUGGCUUCAAAUGCACCACCUCUACUCUCUACGUGGGGAAGGCUCUUUGCAAACCGAAGCCUUGA